AUGCAACAACAGCUGCAACAACAACAACAGAAGUUGCAUCAGCUGCAGCAACAAAAAGAUCAGCAGAAACAACAACAGAAAUUGCAACAGCUGCAGCAACAACAAGAACAGCAGCAACAACAACAGAGGUUGCAACAGCUGCAGCAACAACAAAAACAGCAGCAACAACAACAGAGGUUGCAACAGCUGCAGCAACAACAAGAACAGCAGCACCAACAACAGCUGCAGCAACAACAACAAGAGCAGCAACAACAACACAAGCUGCGACAACAGAUGCAACAAUAUAAACAACAACAACAGCAACAUCAACGACUGCAGCAACAACAACAACAGCUACAGCAAAAACAGCUGCAGCAACAACGACAGAACUUUCAACAACAGCAGCUGCAGCAAGAGCAGCAAAUGUCAAAUCCCAAUCAGUUUGCAAGUCCCAUUCAAAUGGGCUACAAUUAUCAAAUGCCGAAAGUACAAAUGACGCAAUCUCCAAUUGAACACAACGUACAAAAUGAUGUUCAUGACAUCCAUAACAUUCAAGGACAAUACUCUUUAGAUAGUUAUGCAAACACUGAAAACAUUAAUCAACAAGUACAGUACAGAGAGAACACAGCCCCAGCAUGUACUACUGAAGAAUUAGCAUAUGCAUCUCUGGAUGAUCUCGCGGCCACAAUUGAUGAUACUUGUAAUAUUCCCAUCGCUGAUUUCCUUGAUAAAUACCUGCCAAAUGAUUCAUUAGAUGAUAUGAAAGACCUAUACCAUUUGUAUAAAUAG